GACAUCUCUCAAUAUCUCGCAUCUUUUCACGAGAAUACAAAGAUGGCGCAGCAAGGGCAGGGUCAAGGGGAUCAGAGAGAGAAGAAGAAAAAGGAAAGCAUAUUAGAUUUGAGCAAGUAUUUAGAAAAACCCAUCAGAGUAAAGUUCAGUGGAGGACGAGAAGCCAGUGGAAUUCUGAAAGGGUUUGAUCCUCUUCUUAAUUUAGUAUUGGAUGGCACAACAGAAUACCUCAGAGACCCAGAUGACCCUUUCAAGUUGACAGAAGACAAUCGCCAUCUAGGCUUAGUGGUGUGUCGGGGGACAUCUGUAGUUUUAAUAUGUCCCGCUGAUGGGAUGGAGGCCAUACCAAAUCCUUUCAUACAACAGGACGGCUGAUAUUAUGCUAUAAGUGGAUCAUAUGUUCUGAUUUACUUGGGUUGAUAACUGUAUAUUUAGACUGAACUAUAAGACUGAACCAAGAGAUUGUGUGUAUAUAUAGACUGGCUGGAAGAAAAUCUCAGUCUUUUGCCCUUGAGUAAUGCAAUGAUAUUUUUGAAAUAAACGUUGACACCAUCCAUGUGGAUAUACACUGAAUAUGAGCAUGUUGCUUUGAGAGGGUUUUGAUGGGCGUUGCAUAGUGCAUAUAGCUGUCAACUAGACUAGAUAUAGAUGUUUAAAGUGAUUUGAAAGCACUAAGAAUGCUAAGGAGGAUAUCACAGACAACCACAGAGCCACCAGCAUAUUGUACAUCCUCCACUGUGUAUUCAUAUGGUAGCAUUACCAAAUUGAUAGAGACAGCUGUAAACUUGGAAGACUGGGUAGUUCAUAGACAAGACGGUGUAUUACCUUCAUCAGCAAGUUAAAACCUGUGGAGGUGGUGUAAAGUGUCAUAAAAUGGCUAAUCCACAGCCAGUAAAAUGUCAUUUCAGAAUCCUUGUCAUUUGAAGCUAGGGGAAGUCGCCCUGGCUUUACAUGUGUAAAGAUAAAGAGUGUAGUAAAGUAAUUUGUUUUGUAAAACGUGGUUGUAUUUGUUUACACAGGAUAUUUCAUAUACUUUCGUUUUCCAUGGUUGGUGAUUACAGUUCAGCUCAGAAAAAAAUGGAAUGUUUCAAAAGUUACACUUUUUAACAGCUUAACUGGUUACUUUUUAUAACGUUGUCCCUCUUUUAUAAAUGGAUUGUGUUACUCGAACCAAGAACAUAAAUUGAAUUUUCAACGUCCUUGCUUAAACAAAAUGAAUGUCAGCUCACUGAGGUAUCAACAGACAAAAUAGUUUGGUGAUUCAUUGCAGCAUGGGGUGUUAUCCCCUGUCUAAACAGACUGUGACCACAGAGGUGUCAGCUGUGAUACCCUAUACGUAAUUAUCGCUUUUAGCUAGAUAGUUACUUAUGGAAACAAGAGGUACACUGUAAAAAAACAGAAAACAAUAUAGAGCAUUCUUUCUGAGCUCAUCUGUGAGAACAUUCACAUCGAGAAGAGCCAAGGUCUAGCAAGGCCGAGACCUAAAUAUGGCGGACCUACAUGAAAGGAAGACCGC